CCCACUCCAUCGAGCACGUAGUCAAGGAAUUAUCCCACUGAUCAACUAGCCGGUUCAUACAUUUGGGUACAAAAUGUCUCCCAGAACAGUGUUGACAGUAUCCCGGUUAUUAAAACCGACAUGGGGCGGACUAAUGGGCAAUGUGAAUAAUGUACUCCGGCCAGCCUCACAUGGAUGCGUUCGGAGGAACAAGUCCUCCUACACCGCUAUUCCCCCUCCGGCUAAGUAUGGAGGCCGACACACAGUCACGCUGAUUCCUGGAGAUGGCAUCGGACCUGAGCUGUUCAACCACGUCAGAGAACUCUUCAGGUUUUGCUGUGUGCCUGUGGAUUUUGAGAUUGUGAAAGUGGACUCUACGGUCACCUCCGAGGAUGACAUCAACAACGCCAUCACUGCCAUCAAACGUAACGGGGUGGCACUAAAAGGUAAUAUAGAGACCAAUCACAACUUACCUCCCUCUCACAAAUCAAGGAACAAUUUGCUUCGCACCAAUCUAGAUUUGUAUGCUAAUGUGAUGCACUGCCAUACACUUCCUGGUGUCAAUACUCGUCACAAAGACAUCGACAUCAUCAUCAUCAGAGAAAACACAGAGGGAGAGUACAGCAGCCUGGAACAUGAGAGUGUACCAGGAGUGGUUGAGUGUCUGAAGAUCAUCACUCGCAUGAAGUCCUUGAGAAUCGCAGAGUAUGCUUUCAACUUAGCACGGGAGAAAGGUCGCCGCAGGGUCACAGCCGUGCACAAGGCCAACAUCAUGAAGCUGGGCGAUGGGCUGUUCCUGCAGUGUUGUAACGAGGUGGCAGCAGGAUAUCCAGAUAUCCAGUUUGACAGCAUGAUCGUUGAUAACACCACCAUGCAGCUGGUAUCCAAACCCCAUCAAUUUGACGUCAUGGUGAUGCCCAACCUGUACGGCAACGUGGUCAGCAACGUGUGUGCUGGCUUGGUCGGGGGUCCGGGACUGGUGCCCGGUGCCAACUAUGGCAAGGACUACGCCGUCUUUGAAACGGCCACCAGAAACACAGGGAAGAGCAUCGCUAACAAGAACAUCGCCAACCCCACUGCGACUCUGCUGGCUGGCUGUCUGAUGCUUGAUCACUUGAAGCUUCAUGCGUAUGCUAGCAUGAUUCGGAAGGCUGUGAACACCACUCUGUCAGAGACACGGCUGCACACGGCAGACCUGGGAGGUCAGGGCACCACGUCUGAGGUGGUCCAGUCCAUCAUGAGGGAGAUCGAGAGCAAAGGGCCUCUUACCAUUGAGCCCAUGUAACCUCCACAUCCAACCCAGCUCAGCCCAGCUCAACCCCAAACCGAUACAGCCAAGGCCAGUCCCAGACCGCUGGCAGGUAUAUUCUGUUGAUUGGUGCUGUACAGUCAUUGUUAAAAAGAAAAGUAUGGUGUCUGAUGAAGGUCUGAUGAAAUUAAGCCAAAAUUGGUCAGCUACAUUGGCUAAAUUGGCCAGAUCCGCCCAGAAUUUACGAUAUUUGGUUAAAUCUAGUUUUCUUAAAUCUAAUUUUUAGGUUUCUUCCGAUGGCUUGGCUUUCUACUGAGCAUUAGCUAUCCUUAGUUUUUUUUUUACAGUCAUUGAUGUUAUAAAAUACUGUAGAUGCAUCUUCUAAACUUCCACCUACAUGUAUUGAAACAUAACGAGAUGAAACUGCACACUGGUGGUAACAGGAAUAAGCAUAAUUCAAGCCUCGCAUUAAUUGCAUUAGUCACUUUGUAAAAAUGUAUGUCCAACUCAGUCAUAUUGUUUCUAUUCUAUUUGUUAUUCUAGACGGCAAAUAGGCAAUGCCCUCAAGACUUUUCAGAAUGAACAUCUAAUGUUACUGUAACUCAGUCUGUUAAAAGAUUUUAAAACCAAGCAAAUGCUUUGCACUCUGUGAUCUAUUCUAAUUCACGGAUUGGGAUAAAUGCAGAGACCAAAUUUCCCUCAGGGGAUCAAAAUAGUAUAUAUACUAUACUAUCACCAUAAAAUGAUGAAUGUCUCUGUAAUUCCGUUGGUAAAAGUAAAAUUACAAAAAAAAAUUAUACAUAUUUUAGUUUCAUAUUGACAUAAAAUUGGACCAAAAAUUAAUCUUAGAAUGGAAAUUGAAAAUGGUAAUGAUAGUCGUUUAGAAGGACAACAUUUACUCACUACACCUCACUAUUUGCUGUUAUGUCCAUUGGAUAGUGCAUACAGGCUUUCAGAAUAUGCAACAUGACUCGACCAGAGUCACACAUACAUGGAGUGUUACUCAUUCUUUAAAAUUACCUCAGAGGUCAAGCGAGAAUUUGUUGGAUUUGAGAAGAGAAUGUGAUCACCUUAGGACAGGGACAUGAGGUGCAUCUGACGUAGAUCAAGUUGAUUUUUACAUUGAGUACAUAGAUCAUUCACCAGUUACAUACGGUACAAGGUAGGAAAUAAGGCAAUUUAUUUGGACGUACAGUAAGCCUUUAGAAAGUGUCAACACAUUUCUGUUCUGAACAGUUCUAAAAUUAUUAUUGUUAUUAUAAAUUAUUGUUUGGCCAUUAAUUACUGCUCUACAUUUAUGACCUGCAGUUGUUUUAUGUGUCCAUUUGUUGUCCCAUUAAACUGUGUGUAUUCUCAGGAUAAUACACUUUGAACAAUAAAAAUGUGCAACUAAAA